GUAGAUACCAAAGAUCUUCCAUUUCUCUUCACGACCUGGAUUUCUCCUCCUUUCCUUCUGUCACAAUGACGAACACCCAAAAAACCCUAAUUUCGAAACUUUGUUUCUUUCUCUGCAUCUCUCGCAGACGGUAAAAGAAGGACUAAAUGAUCAGGCUGGAUGUAGCUGAAACUGUUGAAUCAUCCAUAUAGAGAUUUCUUUGUCAUUCUGUUGUAAAGAUUUUGAAUAAAGAUAGAUGGAGGCUAAUAAAUGCGAUAUUAAUCACUUGGACUCAGAUGUCCUUUUGCCUCCUCGAAAGCGUCUACUAGCAGGGUUUAAGAAGCAAACUUCUAAUGGUGAUGCUGCUUCUAAUCCGCCUUUGGCUGUUUCUUCUUCGUCACUCCCAUCAUUGCCAACUUCUCCUUCUAGUCUAUCUACAAGUGAAUUUCAGUCACGCCUCAAGAAUCUGUUGAACUCUCAUUUGGACAACCAUAAUCUUUUACCUGAGGAGAUUGUGGAGGCCUCCAAAUCUGCAGCUACAUCUGCAGUUAAGGCUGCAAAGGUUGCCAGAGCAUUGGCAGAGGAGAAGGCUGCUAUUGCAGCAAAAGCGGUUGCUGCAGCGAAGAAUGCUUUAGACAUGGUUGCAACUUUUUCUGAAGAGGCAGCCGGCAGGGAGAGAUGCCAAAAAAGGGGGAAGCUGAAGAAGCACGUACCAGUUCAGCUUCUGUAUAAAAAGCACCAACCAGUCAAAAAUUGUAGGACCGACGAAGAAUUAGCCCGUAGGUUGCAUCAAGCUAUUAACAGCUCACCUAGAAUCUCGAAGAAUACGUCAAGUUCGUCUAAGCAUAAGCAGCCUAAAGGCUUGCCAUCUUCUGAUAAUACUAGGGUUUCCAAUGGAAGUACAGUAUUGGGAGAGUCGCCUUCUUUGUGCAAUGGGGAUGCUGUGGCAGGUGACCUGGAUUCGGAAAGCUCCGUCCAUGAGGUGCCCUUCUGUAAUGCAGAUGAAAAGGUUCCCAAGAAUGCAAAAGAUGGCCAGUCAGAGAUGGAUAAUGGGGAAGCCGAAUCCAGUCACUCUAAGGACAAAUUUUCGGAUGAUUCUCCUAGUAAGAAGAGGGGUAGAGUGAAGCUAAAAAAGUUGCCCUUAAGCGUUUGUAAUAUUAGGGAUCGUGUUAGUCCAAAGGAAGAGUUGAUUCUUGGAAGCUUGCCGUUGACUGAAAAGAAUAUGGGCAAGCGUCCAGCUGGUAGUAUUCCCUUGUAUUCUGCGGAUCCAUCCGUAGAUGGCAUGAUGUCAGUCGAGGUGACAAACAUAGAAAUGCCAGGAGUUCAAGGCACCCAAUUGUUUCAAACAGAGUAAAGUCAUGCAGUCAUAAUGUUUGAACCCCAAUUUGGUCACUUUGGUGACAUACGGCUGCAGAUGUGGAAGUUGACAGCUGAGGUAGGACUUGUGUUGAUGUUCUUUUUAUAGAUACAGUUAAAUUUGAUUUAUCUUUUGGCUGCUUCGGCUUUGUAAUGAGGUGGAACCGACCAAAUGUAUAUCUUUGCAUGUUUAAUUGCUUGCACCAACGGUUAAAUUUCAAAAAUUGGUGGUUGUUUUAUACAAAAACAAGGCUGAGAGUUGAGAGAUAGGUGUGGAACUACAAUAAAAAUACAUAUUCUUUUGUUAAUUCAUGUGUAUUGAUCCUGGUCUUCUGCUGGUGAGUAUGCAUGUAAUAACAAUCAUGUUUAGUUCUCAAUCUUUUGCUUGGGAAAUCUAUUUUCCAGGUUUUCUUCUCUA